AUGCCCAACAACGGCAAUUCUCAAGCCUAUUUUAACAUCGAUGAAGUCCGGUCGAAAAAGGUGUUGAAACAAAUCACUCAGUUAAUUAAUGAUGUAAGUCGUUUCCCAUUCAGUUCUCCUCUUUUCAUUUUAUUUUCUUUCAGGUGACGAACAUCACAGAAACGUACCCGCUGGCGCAGGGCCAAACGGCAGAAGGGCUCAUCAAUCAGGUCGAAGCCGCCAUCGUCAAGUUUCUCGAAGUCGGCGAUUAUUCGGUUGCAAACUGUCCGGUCGCCCGCCAAGACAAAAGAGCCCAAGAUUCACUGCUCCAGGCUCUUCACGAAGUGCAAGAUACCGGUCAGUAGUUUCUUCUGGAAAACUGACUAAAUUUCAACUCUUGCAGGCCAAGUAUUAGCACAAACUGGUAGGGACUUCGUGAGAGACUCAACGUCUUUGCACAAAAGGGCGCAUGCCACGACUGCCGGUCGGAAUCUUUUAAUUGUGAGUGUUUCCGUCGUGUUACUGAUGUUGACUACUUUCUGAGUAAAAACAAAAGUAAAGCGCACAGUAGUCGGUAACUUUUCAUUCAAAAAGCGCUUUUCUUUAAAGACCGUUGCGAAGUUUCUCAUCUUGGCCGACUCGAUUGACGUUCGUGUGAUAACCGACAAAGUCGACGAAAUCCGCGAAACAGUCCAUCACAUGCUGGAAGCCGGAUCGAAGAUCGAGGUCGAAGAGCUCUACAAACUGCUUGUCUCUCAAAUCGAAGAACUCGACAUCACGGUCCGCAGAAGAGCUAUCGAUCUGGUUAAACCGAAUCAGCGAGAUGAUUUGCUGGCGGCCCGAGCUGCUCUUCUUCAGAGCGUUCCGUUGCUUUACACGUCUACAAAAACGUUUGUCAGGCAUCCGGAGCGCGAGGAAGCCCGUAGGAAUCGAGAUUACACUGCUGAUGAAAUGCAUUCUGCUCUGGACGCGUUGCAGUCCGUUUUGAAUGGACAGAAACCGCAGCUCACAUUCUCCGGGUUCGGAAUGAUUGGCGACCUCAUCAAUGAGAUUGACACUUUCCAAGUAGGAUUUCUCCAUUUUCAAUUCCAACGAUAUCAUAUUUUUGUUCAGAACAAGAUUGAAAUGGAGCCCUCGACGUACAGAAGAGACCUCCAUCGUCCGGAUCUUGAAGAGCGCGCCGAACGUAUCGUCAGUGGAUCAGCUUCGAUCGCGGACGCGGGAAGCACGCGCGAGUCGCGGAAACAGAAGAUCGUCGCUGAGUGUAACAACCUGCGGCAAGCACUUCAGGAGCUGCUCACCGAGUACGAAAAAAGCGUGAGUAUUCUUUUUCCCGAUGAUUUUUUGGCUUACUUUCGCUUCUUCUCAAAAGGGACGCGGGCGGUCAUCCGAGGGGCGACGGUGUGAACAAACAACAAAUAGUCGUGUGUUCUUUCGAGUGUGGCGCCCGGGCCGGGUAUCCGAGAACAACUGUUUUUUGUUUGUGAAAGGGACUUGACCCUUUCUCCUUUUUUCCUUAGUAAAAGAGUUAAGUCGUCGCUUUUUUCAGCGUGGAAGAUACGACGACAGCGAUGACAUUCCACUUGGAAUCGCAGAAGUUCACAAGAAGACGAAGGAUCUCAGAAGACAUCUCCGUCGUGCGAUCGUCGACCACAUCAGCGACGCGUUCCUCGAUACCAGAACUCCGCUGCUUCUGCUCAUCGAAUCUGCCAAAACAGGCGACGAAGAAACGACGAGGCAACGUGCUCACAUGUUCCAGCUUCACGCCAAUGAAAUCGUCACCGUCGCAAAACUUUCGUGCCGUCUUUCUCCCGAUGUGGAAGGCGUCAGUGUCAUCCGACACACGGCUUCUCAGCUCGAAAGAUUGGCUCCACAGGUCAUUGAAGCCGCGCUACUGCUCUGCGCUAACAACACAUCGCGGACAUCUCAAGAGAACAUGGAAGCCUACAGAAAGCUCUGGUUCCAAAAAGUGAAUCUGCUGACGACGGCUCUCGAUAACAUCACGACUCUUGACGAUUUCCUCGCUGUUAGUGAGGCGCACAUCGUGGAGGACUGCGAAAAAGGAAUUCAGGGAAUUACGGUUAGUUCAGACUUGAAGUGGAGUCUUCAGCAAUUUAUUCGGUUCCAGGCGAAUGCUUCGAAUGAAGACGAGAACUCCAGAAACUGUGCCGACUUUGACUACGCUGCCGGAGCGAUCCGUGGGAGAGCUCUUCGUGUCUGCGACGUCGUGGACGCUGAAAUGGACUUCAUUCAGAACUCGGAAUACACAGAAACGGUUAAACAAGCUGUCCGAAUCCUCAGGGAUCAACGUGUCGAAGAGUUCACAAGCAGAGCGAAGGAUCUCGCGGACCGACAGCAAAUCUCUGGACUCUCAUGGAAUCACAAUCAGAAAGAGAACGAAAUGAACGAGUUCAUAAAUGCGUGCACUCUUGUUCACGACGCCGUCAAAGACAUCCGACACGCCCUUCUGAUGAAUCGCAGCAUGAACGAUGUUGAUUCGGAUGUUGAGUACGAAGCAGAUGGCGUUGGAGCCGCGAAUGCAGAUGCGAGCAGGACGAUACCGGAUCAGGAGAACCAGCAGAUCAUCAUGAGAAGACUGCCAGAAGAGGAGAAGAAGAAGAUCCAGGCUCAGAUCGACAUCUUCAAGGUCACACAGACGAGAUUCGAGCGGGAAGUUGCCAAGUGGGAUGAGACCGGAAACGACAUUAUUCAACUGGCGAACAACAUGUGCAAGAUCAUGAUGAACAUGACCGACUUCACGAGAGGAUGCGGGCCACUGAAGACGACGAUGGAUGUGAUCCGUGCGGCACAAGAAAUAUCUCUGAACGGAUCGAAACUGAAUGCGUUGGCCCGGCAGAUUGGAGAGGAGAGCGCCGAUUCGCAGACGAAAAAGGACCUGCUCGCGUAUCUUUCGCAGAUCACACUGUACUGUCAGCAACUGAACAUCUGCAGUAAGGUAAGUAGAACGUUGCUCCCAGAAUCUAUUCGCACUAAUUGAUUUGCUUCCAGGUAAAAGCAGACGUGACCCAAGUGGGCAAUGAACUCGUCGUUUCGGCCCUCGAUUCGGCCAUGUCGCUCAUCCAGACCGCCCGAAAUCUGCUGACUGCUGUCGUGCAGACCGUCAAGGCUGCUUACAUUGCCAGCACGAAGGUACUUGCCCUCUUUUUUCUCACUUUUGAUCCCGAUAGUUUUCUCGCAUUAUUUGGAGUGCUUAUCACGUUUCAAAACAGACCGAUAAGCGGAGUCUCUCUCUGCUUACGUAAAAAAAAAUCAGAUGGCUAGCGCCCACGCGGAGCCACGUGACUGGAAAGAUCAAAUGCCCUUUACCCUCUGAUAAAGGACGAAACGUUGCGAAAUCGGGACACAGGGGGGGGGAGGGGAAUUUAAUUUGAAAUGGAAGAAAACACGUCCGUUCUGUAGUGUGCUCUGCGAGAACGUGCGAGAGUCGAAACGGCAGUGGCUCUCGGCGCCACGCACGACGCCAUAAACUAUGAAGGUCCGACGGAGGACUACGGUGAGAACUAGUUGGAGUGAACUGAUGAAUAUCGUGUCGUCGUGUGAAGUAUCAAUUUCGUUUUCAACAAAAAAGCAUGUUAUGAAACUGUUGAAGUUUUGUAGAUUUUCAAAAGAUGGUAAAAACUUUUAAAAGUUCAUUGAAUUGUUAGGCUCGACAGGGGAUGACAGCUUCAAUAUUUCCGCUGAUUGGUAGGCUGCUUCCGAUCUCUAUUUGAUCCCUCGUAACCUCCAAUCCAACUAGCACAUUCUGUACUGAAACAACUAAAAAUUCCAUAGUUUUGUGGCUCUCAAAAAAUGCAUUGUUUGGUCCGUUAAUGUUUUCAUUUGCUGCCUUCUUUGUCCUGAUGUAUGGACAUCGAUCCCCGCGAGUCUCGAGCCUCCCCCGACAUAUCUCAUACAUAUUCGAAUAGUAGUUUCUCAAUGAAAGGGAAAAAAACUAAGUCAAUGACGAUACUAUUGCAAAUGUUACUUGUUGUUGUUGUGGUGGUUCAUGUUGUUUGCAGUUUUGCUUGGAUAUCCCUCAGUUCAGAUUCUCAUCCGAUCGAACCCAUUCGUUAUUCUUUUCAGUUCCGCCGCCCUAAUGCGAACAGCGUCCGUGUCGAAUGGCGAAUGGCCCCGCCCAAGAAGCAGCCACUCGUCCGUCCUCAAAAGAACAAUGCUAUAAUCAGGUAACCGCCCAUCUUGACCCCUUUUCCCCGUGCCCGCAGGCACAUUGACCCUUUGAGAAGGCACAAAGUAAGGGGUGGCACGAAUAAUUCAUAAGGAAGCGGGCUCCGGAUGCCGCUGCGAAAGUGCUCCGAAUGGCACGUAGCUCCAUUGUCGGUCCCUCCAAGACAACGAGCAAUGAAGCAAAAAAGCGAAAGAGUCUUGGCCCGAAAUGUAUAUUCGUGACUUUUCGGAGUCCCUCGAGUGCUUCGCGAAAUGCAUAUUAGCUGCGCGCUGCGAAUCGGAAAGCGUAAAAGAAAAGACGAUGUUCAUAAAAAGUGAUGAAUAGUCGGCUGAUGGAGACACUUUACUCGCAAGACGCUCAAACACCAUACUAAACGUUUUCCAUGAAUCCGAUGAUUGAGAGAGCUCGUUUCCGGUUUCCGCCGCCUAAUUGCAUUUCGCCAGAGGGCCGAGAUCUUAUUCUUUUUCACGAAACUCAUCUUUAAUGUUUCUUUUCCUUCCAGACGGGCUUCCGAACGACGACCUUUGCAGCCUGCAAAAGUGCUCGCCGAAUUUACGCGUAACGAGAUAGAAGGAGGCCAUAGCAGUAGUGAAGAUGAGAUGGAGCAGAAGCAGAGAAGGGCGAGAAUGAACGGACGUCCUUGA